AUGGAUGGCGAGAGCAAGAGUAGCGAGUCUCGCACUACUUAUGAUUUGGAAGCUAAAUUGGCGGAUGUAUCCCUGCCAUUCGAAGAGAUUGUGCCAGCAGCAGUGAAAGACUGGCUUAAUGUACUCGCGCGUAGCCAUGGAACAACUCGGGAGGUGGUUCUGUUGAGUGUAUUGACCUCAACUAGCGCGCUGAUUGGAAAGAGCUCACCACAGGUCUUCUCUACCUAUAAAGAAGGGGGGAAUCUUUUCGUUGUUGUGGUCUCCCCUUCAGGUUCUGGGAAAACGCCUGCGUGCCAUUUAGGAUGUAUCGCUCCCAUCGUGGAACAUAUCGAGCCCAAAAUAAACAAAAACCUUCGUUAUCGAUGA